UAAAUUAAUAAAUCUAAAUUUGAAGUUAAAAUUGUAUUUUUUUUUGUUAUAUUUUAACAUAAAUAUGGAUAAAUCAAAUUUUACAUUACCAUUGGUUAUGUUAAAUAAUAAACAAAUGUUAUUAAAUUGUAAGUCUUGUUAAAAUUUAACAUGUUUUAAAUUAUUUUCAUAUUUAUUAAGUUUUUUUUAGUUUAGUCUUUUGUUUAUUUCUUUUUUUAAGAACUAGCAUAUUUAAUAUUAAUUUAAACAUUAUGUUUCUACAGGUACAGUUAUUCCAGAAAAUGUAAAUCAAAACAUAACUGAAUUAAUAUCUAGUGAGAAAUUACAGUCUGACUAUCUACAAGAAAAGCAAACACAUUUAAUUAAAAAAAAAAAAAAGAAAAAAGGAAAGAUCCGUUUCAAAUGUUUGCAUUGUGAUUACUUAACAUUUCAAAAACAAAAUUUAAUUAGGCAUCUCAAGCAAAAGCAUCAAGUAUAUUAUAUAAACAAAAAUUAGUUAUUUGAUUUAAAUUUCAGUUUUAAUUAUAAAAUUACUAUUUUUAGACUACAAAACAACUAGAAGAUAGUGUAACUCAUAAUUCAUCAUGUACUACUAGAACAGUUGAAGUAUUUGCGUGUGCAUUAUGUAAAAUGACGUUCAAUACAUUAGAUCAAUGUAAAGAACAUUCUACAGAGGUAUUUUAAAUUUUAAUAUACAUACAUUAAUUUUUUUUUUGGCAACUAAUUAAAACUUGUAAUGAGCCUGGAUCAAUAAUCUGUUUACACAUUUGAAAUGUGAUGUUUAUAUGAAUCGAAAAUUGAUGAAAUAUUUCAAAUAUAUUCUAUUGUUCUACUAUAUUUAUUUAAUGCUGAUAGCGAUAACAACAAUUUAUCACAGGAAAUUAAUGAGUAACAGCGACUAAUAAUUAAACUAAAGUAAAAUCUUGAAAGUAUUUUCUCAUAUAUGUAGUGGUGCUCAAAUUUGUUUUACUGUGGACCAUAGAAAAACAUAUUUUCUUAGUAGGCCACAAAUUUGAUAUUUUCCCAGUCAUAAAGGUACUAUGUUUAGUCAUGUAACAACAUUUAAUUAUAUUAUUCUUUUUAUUUUAUCGAUUUCAAAGGCUUAAAUUAAUAAUAAAUUAUUUAUUACAAAUAAAAAUAGAGCUGAUAUUAGGGAUAAGAGCAGCCACUGUUGUAGUUGAGAAGUGGGGGAAGUAGGAUAUAUAAGCUUAUUUCAUUUAUAACUGUAAGCAACGAUAAACCAUUGCUUGACGAAAGAUGAUUCCGAGCGCAAUCUGGUAAUACAUAAUUUUUGCGAUUUUCGUUUAAAUUUGGUUUCCAAAACGCUUAUUAAAAAAAAAAAUAAAAAAGUCUGAUAAUUUUGGAAAUUUUACCACGUCUGGGCAAGUCCAAUAUAAUUACUAAUGACAAGUUUCAAGUCUCUACAUAUAUUUAUAAUCAAAUUGCAGACAAUAAAUCAAAAAAGUGGUCUUGUGAUUUUUCGAUUAAAUAAUUUUUUCUGGUAGAAAGUUUUGUAUGUAUUUUUAUACAAUAAUGAAAUGAAUGAAAUUGUACUUUUUCUUACGUUUUUUCCACUCAAGUACUUUUAUUAAAAAAAUGGCGUUGAAAAUCAAUAACCUCUCUUAUGUACUAUCUAGACAACUUGAGCUUUCAGAAAAGUUGCUAUACGUAAAAAUAGGAGCAAGUUUACUAAGAAAAAACCUGUUGACAGACUAGAACAAGGAAAAAAAAGAAAUAAACAUCUAAGUAAAACCAAAACUCCCUUGCUACGCUCGGAAUCUAAAAUAUAUUAAGUAAUACAAAAUAUUUGUUUACAUUUACAAAAAAUAUUUUUUAUAUAUUAAUUUAUUUAGUGUCUAUUAUGAGCUCGUUUUUGUUGACAGAGAAUAUCAAUAUUAGGUUAUAAUAAGAUUCUUAUAGAUAAUAGAAUAUAUAAGUUAAAAAUAUUUCUCUAUACAUUAAGACAUAAACAAAGAAAAUUCUCUAAAUUUAGGAUUCUAUUCAUUAAUUUGAGUAUAUCUACUUGUAAUUAUUUUCAGCAUUUAAUCAAUAGUUCUAAAGAUGAUCAAAGUAAGCUAUCAGAAAACAUUUGUAAAGGAAUUACAUUGAGCAAAACUAAUUUGGAAGAUAUUGAACAUGUUUGUAAGUAAGUAAUUUUAUAUUAUUUUUUUUAAUUAACAAAAACAUGAACUUUGUAUAGAACUAAAUUAUUUUUUAGAUGUGAACAUUGUAAACGCAAAUUUCGUUCAGAAAAUUCUAAAUUACUUCAUUCAUUAUGCCACCAGAAUGAUAGUAAAGAUUACAAAUGUAGUGAAAAAAAUUGCGAUUUUAUCACUUCUAGAUGGAAUGUUUGUCGUACACAUUUAUGGAAGAUUCAUAAAAUUGACAUUGACAUGUUCAGCUGUCAAGUAUGUUACCUAAUAAGAAUAAUGUAUUUAUAAUAUCACUAAAAUUUGUUCUUAAUGUAUUAAUUUCUAAUAAAUAAAAAAAAAGAACAACUCAAUUAUUUCAACCUACUUUUUCUAAACAAAUGGUUGUAUGACAUCUUUCAAAUCUUUAUUAUUAAUUUUAGGCUCCAAGUAAAGAGAGGGAUCUUAUUGGUUUUACUAUGACGUGUUUUUUUUUCUGUUUGAAUACAUCUUUUCAAAUAGAAAACUUGCUACAUUCAAAAAAUGACAAAAAGCCUUUUUAGGACCAUUAGAAAGGUCAUUUUUGUUUUUUUUUUUCAAGUAAUUUUUUUAAUAAUUGAGUAAAACCGAAAUGAAAAGUUUACGAAAAUAAUGGUUUCACUAUUUUCAAUUUUCUUCUUUUGUUGUAAUUCAGUUAAAAAUAUUCGUGGAUACUUAAAAUAAUGAUUGAAAUUCUAUAUUUCUUAGAUAAUUUUUUUUUCGAAUGCAUCUGACUUAAGUUGGGAAAUAUUAUUAGUUUUAAAUUUUGUACAAAUUGGGUCCGAGUGAAUUAAAUAUUUCGUCUGGAUGUAUAAAAUGAAACAUUUGAGUGUCAUUUCAUCUAGGUCAUCUAAUAUACCCCAGAUUUAUCUAAAUGUGAUAAAAUUUUUAAAACAUCCUGUCGAUUUCUGAGUUAUUUAUUGGUAUUUUGUAUUUGCGAGUUUUUAUUUGGUAGAUACUUUGUGGAUAUUGUUUGGCGAAUAGAAACACUUGAAAAGUUUGCAGGAUGUUCAUUAUAAGUUGUAUUUAGCAGUAAAAAAAGUAGUGUAAUGUAGUAAUUUUUUUUUAUAAUGGUUUUAAAAUCAAAUUUUGAUGAAAAUCUGAAAUAUUAGAGUCUUCGUCAAAAUUAUUUUAAUUAAUUAAAUGUAUGUAUCCUAUCUUCCCAACUUCCCAGCUACAAAAGUGUCAUCAGUAGUAUCAGCUAUUUCUUACUAGUUUAUUGAAUAAAACAUAUAAUAUUUUGAAUUCAUUAAUUAUUAUAUAGGUUUGUAAAAAAUAUACAACUACUACAUACCAUAACCUAGUUAAUCAUGUAACAAUGAAACACAAAACACGGUCUUGUAUAGAUUGUGGGGCUGAAUUUGAUGAUUCUGUUAAAUUACAAAAUCACAGAGUAUUUCAUUCCAAAGUGAAAUCUGUUAAUAAGGAAAGAUGGUAAGAAUAUAUAGUUAGUGCUUGUUUUUUAGAUUUGAAAUGAUCCAAUUUAAAAAUAUUUGUUUUAGGUAUAUGGAAAAAACAUGUACAAUUUGUAAUAUGGUGUUGGUUAAUUCAAAAAGUUUAAAACUUCAUACCAAAAAUGUUCAUUUGAAAUUAAAGCCAUAUGUAUGUCAAGUUUGUAAUCAUGGUUCAGCCACCAAGCACAUGAUGCAAGUACAUAUGAGACAACAUACUGGUGAAAAACCAUUCAGUUGUGAUGCUCCAAAUUGUAAUUUUAAAACUGGUAAUAUAUAAAGCACAAUACAAUAGCAUACUUAUUAAGCAAUCAAAAAAAAAAAAAAAAAAAUGAAUUAUUUAAUAUAUUAUUAUAGGAGAUCAUAAUUCACUUAGACGUCAUAAACUUCGCCAUUCAGAAGAAAGACCAUACAAAUGUACACAUUGUGAUUAUAAGUGUAUUCAAGUAACAGCUCUUAAAAGCCACAUGACUAAUAAUCAUAUUGAUGAAAUGGAUAAUUCAUACUAUUCAUGCAAUCGCUGUACUUUUGGAACAGUUAGCUUAAAAAGGUUUAAUGUUCAUAUAUCUAGUCAUGAAAUUCAAGUUCAGAACGGUAAACAAAACAAUUUUAAAUUUUAAAGAAAAAAAUAUAUACAUAACGUAUACAUAGUAUUAAUAAUAAUUUAUUUGUAUUACAUUAGGUCUAGAACCUAGUCCUGUAAAAUGUCAAGAAACUAAAACUGAGAUGACUGACGAUGAUGAUACAGCACAAGGUUAUGUUGAUGAUACAGGUGGAAUAACUAUCUCUGAAAGUGUUGGUUGCGCUGUAUUAAAUUUAGAUGAUAAUGCCAUUAUGCUUACAUAAAUUGUUUAAAAAUAAUAUAAUUGUCUAUACAAAUUUGUAAUAACCUAGAAUAAUUUUAUACAUUCAUUUUAAUACAUAGAAGAGAUGAGCAAUUAUAAUAU